AUGGCGGCACGUGUGACAUUAUACCUGGAGAUAUUGGGAGUCGCCUGUCUAUUGGCGAGCGCUCGCGCCAGAGAGGUCAACCAGUUCCCAGAGGGCUUUCUGCUGGGUGCUGCCACAUCCUCCUACCAGAUCGAGGGCGCCUGGAACGAGGAUGGCAAAGGCGAGAGCAUCUGGGACCACAUGCUGCAUGAGCAUCCAGAGUACGGCAACAACGGGGACAAUGGGGACGUGGCCUGUGACUCGUACCAUAAGUAUGCCGAGGAUGUGCAGGCGCUCAAGGACCUGGGGGCCAAAGCAUACCGCUUCUCCAUCUCUUGGCCCCGUAUACUGCCCAACGGGGACCUGGACGUGAUCAACCAGGCUGGAAUCGACUACUACAACAACCUCAUUAACCUGUUGCUGGAGAACGACAUCCAGCCAGUGGUGACGAUGUACCAUUGGGACCUGCCGCAAGCCUUGCAGUACAUAGGGGGCUGGCCCAACCCUAUACUUGCGGACUACUUCCUCGAGUACGCCAGGGUGCUCUUUGACAACUUCGGCGACAGGGUAAAAUGGUGGACAACAUUCAACGAACCAAUCACGUUCGUACGCGGCUACUCAACAAGCGGAGGCCAGGCUCCGUCGCAGAAAGCUCGCGGCAUCGGCAACUAUUUGGCUACACACACCGUCAUCAGAGCCCACGCCAAAGUCUACCGCCUCUACGACGAGCAGUACCGCUCCACGCAGAAUGGCAGAAUCGGCAUCACGGUGAGCACCAACUGGUACGAACCUUACAACGAUGAGGAGGAAAACCUGGCUGCCCAGGAGCGUAUUUUGCAGUUUGAGUUGGGUCUGUUCGCGAACCCUAUCUUCGUGGACGGCGACUACCCGGCCGUGGUGCGAGAACGUGUGGACAACAACAGCAGAGCCGAGGGUCGACCCAGGUCUCGGCUGCCCAGCUUCACAGACGAGGAGAAAAGGAUGAUCAAUGGAUCUGCGGAAUUCUUUGCUUUGAACUCAUACACAACUAUGGUUGUGAGGUCUGCGGAAUUUGGUUUCUCGCCCUCGUGGGGUCGGGACACGGGUACCUACAGGUCGUACAACCUCUCGUGGCCCGCCAGCGGAGCUACGUGGCUACGGGUUGUGCCGUGGGGUUUCCGAAAAGUUAUAAACUGGGUGUCAACGAGGUACCCGAACUAUCCAAUCUUUAUCACGGAGAAUGGCUACAUUGAUUCGGGAGAACUGGACGAUCAAGGACGCAUCAGCUAUUAUGGCCAAUACAUGGCUGAAAUGCUGAAAGCUAUUAACGAAGAUGGAGCCAACGUAAUUGGAUACACAGCGUGGAGCCUCCUGGACAAUUUAGAGUGGAACUCUGGUUACGAAGUGAAAUUCGGAAUCUACCACGUGGAUUUCAACAGUACUGAAAGGACAAGAACACCCAAGGCAUCUGCGAGCUUCCUUGCUGGCAUCUACAGAAACAUGAGUGUACCAGAAGAAUAUUUCACAUAA